ACGACGCUUUUGAGGGAGCUAACCAUUCUCCCUCUAUAUAUAAUAUAGCCACUUUUCUCAGUUUGAAAUCUUUCAAGAAAUAACCUACAAAAUGGCAAUAAUAGGGUUAGGUUACAUUGAAAUUUUCCUAGCAAUACUAUGCUUUUUCUUGUUUCAUGGGUUAAAAGAUACAAAGGGAUAUCCAAGAAACUGGCCAAUUUUUGGUAUGUUACCAGGUACCCUUUAUUACAUGCAAGAAAUUCAUGAAAGGGUAACUAUGACUAUGAGGCGAUCAGGGGGAACUUUUUUAUUCAAAGGUCCAUUAUUUGCAAAAAUGGACAUGUUAGCCACAGUUGAUCCAGCAAAUGUGCACUACAUCAUGAGUGAAAAUUUCAUGAAUUUCCCAAAAGGGCCAAAGUUUAGGGAGAUUUUCGACGUUUUAGGAGAUGGGAUUUUCAAUGCGGAUUUGGAUUUAUGGAAGAUUCAAAGGAAGACGGCUCGUGCUUUAAUCACUCACCAACAAUUUUACAUGUUUUUAGUAAAGACUAGUCGCGAGAAGGUGGAAAAAGGACUAAUUCCAGUUCUUGAUCAUGUUUGUCACAAGGGUGUAAUAGUGGAUUUACAAGAUUUAUUUCAAAGGUUUACUUUUGAUACUACUUGUAUAUUGGUUACUGGAUAUGAUCCUGGUUGUGUAUCUAUAGAUUUUCCUGAUGUUCCCUUCUCAAAAGCAAUGGAUGAUGCUGAAGAAGCAAUUCUUGUUCGACAUGUCAUGCCCGAGGCUAUUUGGAGACUACAAAAAUGGCUUGGAAUUGGAGAAGAAAAGAAGUUGAUUAAAGCUUGGGAAACUAUGGACAAUGUUAUAGGCAAUUAUAUAUCCAAAAAACGCGAUAAGUUGUUGAAAAUAGAAUCUGAGUUGAAAUUAGAAGACGAGGGUUUUGAUCUUCUGACCUUUUAUCUCAAGGAAGGUCAGAAUAUGGGAGUGAAUUGUGAUGAUAAGUUUUUAAGAGACACCAUCUUGAACCUAAUGAUAGCGGGGCGUGACACGACUAGUUCAGCUCUCACAUGGUUCAUUUGGCUUGUUACACAAAAUCCACAAGUGGAGAAGAAAUUAAGGGAAGAAAUCAAUUCAGUUAUUCCCAAAGAAGAAGUUGGAAAAUGGAGGAUAUUCAAUGUCCAUGAAUUGAACAAAUUGGUUUACCUACAUGGUGCAUUAUGUGAUUCGUUAAGGUUAUAUCCACCAGUUCCAUUUCAGCACAAAGAGCCGCUUAAAGAAGACAUACUUCCAAGUGGUCACAAAGUUCAUCCAAAUUUGAAGAUUUUGUUUUCCUUGUACGCGAUGGGGAGAAUGGAGUCAAUUUGGGGUAAAGAUUGUUUAGAAUUCAAGCCAGAGAGAUGGAUUUCUGAGCGAGGAACUAUUAAACAUGAACCUUCAUAUAAGUUCUUGGCUUUUAAUGCUGGACCAAGAACUUGCUUAGGGAAAGAAGUGGCUUUCACUCAAAUGAAGGCUGUGGCUGCUACUAUUAUCCAUAAUUACCAAGUUCAAGUAGUGGAAGGACACCCUAUUAAACCUAAUACUUCUAUUAUUCUCUAUAUGAGAUAUGGCUUUAAAGUUAGGAUUAGUAGGAGAUGGCCUUAGUAAUAGUGUAAUAGUCAAAUUUAUGUUUGUUUGUAUUCCUAUCUUAUUUUGUUUACUACAAUAAAUAAAGCAUGUAAAACUUCU